AUGGCGGCAAGCGAUCUUGUAAGGUACGUAUCCUAUGUUUUCUUCUCAUUUAGCUUUAAAAAGACCUAUGUUUUCUUCUCAUUUAGCUUUAAAAAGACAUAAAUAUGAUUAACUGGUUGACGAAAGGUUCCCUUCUUAUUUCAUUUUUGGCAGAGAAGGGAAUGAAGCUUUCGUUGAUGACGAUUUUGAAGUUGCUGUAAAGGUAAACGGGUUCAAAAUAAUACGCUUUCCGUCACUAUGUUAUUUAAUAACAUAAGCUGCAGUGCGAUGUUGACGAAUGAGAGUGAAUGGUGCGUACUAUACAUAUCAUGUAGUUAUAGUAAAAUAAAAAAUAAUAACGUUGAAAAAUAACAAUAUAAAUUGUAAUGAGGUAGCUAAAGCUUAUGUUGUGUUGCAGAAAUACACUGAAGCUUUAGAACUAAACGCGUAUGAUGCAGAGACCUACCUAAAACGAGCAGCAGCUUACAUGAAGCUUUCAAAUAACCAAGGUAUUUGAAGUAAUGCAUCAGUGUACACAACAUGUACUACGUAUGUAGAAGUCUUCUUUGUUUAUGAAUUCUAGUGAGGGGCAUGGUAAUAGAUAAGACAAACCAGCAUGCAGAGAAAGUCGUGGCAUAAACACCACUUGUGAUAUUUCAGAAUUGUCUCAAAUUUCACUCGCAUAAAGGCCUGUCAAAUUACGCAUUUAACAAUUUAGAAAUAUUACUCGUGUUAUUUAUGCCAUAUAUCUCUACAAAUCAUGCUAUUACCCAUACUAAUUGCUGGAUUGUGCAAAUUACCACAAAUGUAUGACCCUUCUUAGCCUGGCCUCGGGCCUGUCACAUUUGCUUUGCUAGGAUUUCAGCUGAAUAUCUUCACAACAUUUUUUUGUUAAUUAUAUUUGUAGCUGCUGCUGCAGAUGCUUCUUCAGCUGUUAGUCUGCAACCACAAAAUUGCAAGGCACACUUGAGAAAAGGGUAUGGAGUUGAGUACAUUCUGUACAUUUUUAUUUAUUUAUUUAUUACAUAAUAAUAUAAAAGUACCCUCUUCACUUAUAUUUCGCUGUAGUCAUUUCCUAUUAUUGCUAAUGACCUUAGGACCAUGAGUUUGAAGAUCCUUUGUAAAGAAAUUUGAUAAUGAUGAGUGGAAAAAUGAUUGGUCUUGGAAAAAUUGUAGUAGCUGAGGUCAGCACAUUGCAUUUUUUAUACAAUCUCCCAAAUUGUAUUCAGGUGGUACUGAGUAGCUGAAAAUAUUUGGACAGAAUGGACAACUUAUUCAUUACAGCAAGAUUGAAAAAAAAAAAAAAAACAGGUCUUAUCUUGACAUUCACUGGCGACUGCUACUGACAUUGAUAGUAACUAGUUUUCACUCUGCUCUUUUGUCUCUGAUUGCAGAAUUGCUCUUUUCCAUCUCAAUGAUUUUCUUGCUGCCAAGCAGGUUUUUUUAGAUGCUUUACAACUUGACAGUGAGUAGGGAAAUAAAGAUGACUGUUAAAAUAGGCAAAACAUAUGAUGGCAAGCUAACUAGAAAACCUAACAGUUUAUUUAGCGCCCCAGCUCGCACUUUUAUAAUUUCACCAUGAGCUAAAUAAAGAAUUACUGUAUUAAACUCCCGUAGUAGCCUGUGAGAGGAUACGUGUGGGGAUGACACAUACAGAGUUUUCUCUUGCAUACUCUCAUUGUAUUGAACUCUAAAAAAAGCUAAAAAUUACUGACAGGCUCUCUAGUUGUGUUUUGGUCUUUCAUCUCUUGUAUAUUAAGGGUUGUAUCCCAUUAUUUUGGCUGAUGAUAGGUCGCGUGACUGGCCCGAGCUGCAAAGGACCAAUAAUAAUAUAUUUAUUGGUGAUUUUUUUAUUAUUAUAAGUAUCAUUAUAAAUUUUUGUCUGUGUAUGUGAAAGACAUUACAAGACAUUACAACCACUCAUGCAAAACAAUGUGCACAAACACCUCUCAACUUUCCAACAGAAUCUUGUCUAUUAUACUUGCUGUUUGUGAGCCAUUCAGAUUUAAUAUGCAUCCAUUUGAAUGAGCUGGGUAAAAACAAUGUAAUAAUACAUUGUUUCUUUUUUACUAUUCCCAUCUUUUUUUUGCAGAAGAGAACAAGGAAUUAAAGAUGUGGAUUAGAAAGUGCGAUGCUGAGUUAGACUGUAAGUGUUUUGAUAAAACAUGCAGUCUUUAGGUAAAAUUAAUCUUUUCACUGUUUUUUUUUUACCAGGAUGUAUGUGUUACAGGUCAAAAUGAAAUUCAGGUUUAAAGUUUUUAACCUAUGUUGAUUAUCUAUUUCCUUUGUUUCCUAGUCCUAAAUAUUCAUAAAUUGGGCUCUUUAAUAUUAAUUUAUUGCUAAUAUUUAUGUCUACAUUGUACAAGCACUCUGCAAAAUAACUUGUUUAAUUUUUCAAUUCACAUGCAUUUGUUAAUUUCCUGUUAUUAUGGCAUAUCUCAUUGUAAGUGUCUCUGUCAUUUUAACAUAGUACAUAACAUUAUAGUUAGCUAGUAACCAUCAAAUUUGUUGUUGUUGAGGAUUCCUCUUGUACAGAUUUUAUGACAGGAUGAAUGUAACAGUCUUUAUCAGUUCUUCUUUCAAGUCAUUCUCUUGUGUUGUACCUACAUCUUCUUUGUUGAUGUUGUUUUUAUUAGAUGAAUUUUGUUUUUUAUCCAGUGGCAGAAAAGGAAACAAAACUUGGUCCAGCUUCUGCUCAAGAGGUAUUUUCUUAGUAGUUACAUGUACUUAUAACUCACAGUAUUGUUUCAUAAAAGUGAGGUAGAGUUACGAGCAUUUUAUCUCUGAGACUCUUCGAUUCCUCUAUAUACAAUUUUUAAGAGAGCAAAACAUAUCUGUUCAAUGUAGCUAUCCUAUUAUUCCAACUUUACAUAUUAAUUUACUGGUAAUGUUAUUAAAUAAUAAAGGCAUGUGAUUAUACGAAGAAAAAUCAAGUCAUGGGUAGGAUAUUUCAUGGUAUACAUCUUGUGUCUGUCACUUUUGAUUGCUUGUUGGCAACUAAGGCUGGCAGCUAGAAAAUUAUGUCCGCAUUUGAGGGGCUUUAAUGACUAAUGGUCUUUUUAUCUCACUGGCUUUGAAUUAACCAACUUUGAACAUAAGAAUUGACGUUGACACAAAACAUCAGUAAUGAUACAUGUACCAGGGUUUGUACAGGUUAUGGAAAACCUGGAUUGUCAUGAAAUUAAAGAAUUCAUUUUCCCGGCCUGGAAAGUCAUGGAAAAUUUCAGUUCUGCUAGAUAGAUUAAAUACUGCAGAUGUCAAAGCAUGGACAAUGUAAGAUAAAGGCGAGUAACUAAAUGACGUGGAUUGUAGUGGACACUAGAGUUUGUGUCUGUUGAACUGAGUAAGGUCCAUGGAUACCUUAAAACAAGGAAAGUUUUGAAAAUACUCGAAAGUGACCAUUGAACCUAAGGUCAUGAAAACCUUGAAAAGUUCAUGGAAAAAGUCAUGAAAGUCAUGGAAUUUAAUGAGCUCAAGAGAGUACGAACCCUGUAAUAAUGCAUGUAUGUACCAAUUUUUUGUUCAUUGUAGGUUGUUUUUGGUGUUGCCACUGAAGAUUUACCAGCAACUCAGAAAACGACAAAUCAGACAGCCAACUCACAAGGUGCAGUUAAUGGUGAACAACCUGUCUCUGCAGGUGCUGACUCAACUACGUCAUCUGUGGCUGACACAUCUGCAGCCGUGUCUACUGCCACUUCUGAGUCUCAAUCGCGUCAGGAGCAACCUCAGGCAAAAGUGGGACCUCCAAAACCAAGGUAAUGUUUUAAAAUAGAAAAAUAGAUGGCUUUAAUUACAUGUAGUUAAUUAUUGCACUAAAUUUUGUGAUCUGUACUUCUUUAUUGCUGUUUAUCAGCACUGUCACAAAUGUACAAAAAAGCACUAAAAGCAACUGGGCACCAAAUUUAGUGAGAUAUAAAACUGGAAGAGUCUGACAAUUUACUAUAAAACUGAGAAGACCGCUACUUAACAGAAAGAACAUUUACACGUAAAUGACAUGUGUAGCAAAAUACAUUUUAACAAGGCACCAGUUGACUAACUUGGACAAGAGUAUUUAACAGAUAGAAAUAAACUGUUUAGUUUUUGAAAACUGCUUAGUCAGAGCAGUUUUUCAGGUUUGAUGCUUUGAUAUAUAGCUCAGCAGAGUCGAAAGUUGUGACAAUUCAAAGUCAUUUGUGUAGUGUGGGGCAAGUUUGUGCUCUAGUCGUUCAAUUGUCUGUAAAAUUUUGAGAGUUAGAGGAGAUUAUAUAAUACACCAUGUAUCUUGACAAUUUUUUAACAAAUCACUUUCAAAUGUGGCAAUUUAAUUAUUAAUUAAAAACUCUUUCCCUUAGUAGUGACAUUAUAUUUCCUAACUGGUCCUUGUCAAAAGUUGAAAGAAACCCUAGAAAGGUCCAUUGCAUGGCUAGUUAUCCAUUGACACCUUUUUAACGUGUUUUACUAGGUAUGACUGGUACCAAACGGAAACCCAUGUUAUUAUAACCAUUAUGAUAAAAAACACGAAGCAAGAGAAUGUCAAAGUGGAGUUUGGUGAAAAAACAGUAAGUUGAACCAGUAUGAUUAUAAAGUCAGGUAAUGGGAAGCCACUCCAAUGGAUUGGCACAAUUAACAGAUUAGAGCCAGAGAUUUCUAAUAUCCACAAUCACUGCUUAAAAAUUAAUGGUUCUGUAACCUGUCCUUUUCAUCUUUUGAGCCUGCAUCUCUGUGGUCAAAGUGAUCAAGAAUGAGAAAGUCUCAAGAGAUGUUUCAGAGCAACCUUGAAUUUUCCGGAAAAAAAAACAAUGUUUCAUAAUUAAGUUGGCUAUGAACCCACUUUCAAAGUGGCAAAAAAUGCUGUUGUCUUUUCUCAUAAUAAUCAAAUUAAUGAUAAUUGACAAAAAAUAAUGAUAAUAAUGAUAAUGAUCUAAUGUAAAGAAAUGGUCAUGCAGCCUUUUUAUGAAUUAUUAUUAUUGUAAUUUAUUAUUAUAAUUAUUAUGAGGACAGAGGUCAGGGUGUUUAGGGUGUUUUAACAUGUGAAAAUGUUGCCACAGUUACAUUAGAAAAAUGACCAAACUUGUUUUUCCUUGGCUUUUAAUCUCAUUGAUCCAAAAUAUUUUAUAAGAUGUUAGUACAAUAUCAUGAAAAAUUAAUCAUAUCAAGAAGGCCCAAAACAUAAUUAUUUAUUGCAUCAUCUUUAUGACUGUAAAAAUUAUCUGUUUCCAUUGCAUUAUUUGUGGCAUAGAUAUAAUUUUUUCGUUCUUUAUUAUUAUUAUAAUCCUGAGAUUAUGGAGUUGUGCUACAGAAGAAUUUGUCUAUUACUAUCUCUGAUUAUUUUGAUUAAAAUUGCAUUUUAGUUGAGUACAACAGUCAAGCUUCCAUCUGGUAGUGAUUUCAGUUUGGAAUUGGAUCUUGCUCAUGCUAUAGUUCCUGCACAGUGUAAAACAAAAAUCAUGACAACAAAGGUAAAAAUGAAAGUUACAAUUUCAUGAUGUAAACAGUCAUGAUUAUCAAAUGUUGGCACUUGUUGAUCAAAGCCUGAUGGCGAGAUUCCAAAAAACUAUCUGAAGAUCAGAACUGUACUUGCACUCACUCUUACACAUGCUGUGACAUAAUUUUUUGGCAGUUUACACUAAAGGAGUUGUAGCCACAACACAACUUGUACUACUGUAGUACUGCUGAGGCUAUAGACGUGCUGUAUUAUUGUUUACUUGAAAGUACCACCCCCUGAUUGAUUCAUCAGUGCCCUCCCAGAGCAAAAAUUAUUAAACAAGCUAACAUUUGUUAUUUUGCUGUUCCAGUUGUUUAUAAACAAAACAAUGGAAUUUAUUUAUUUAUUAUUAUAACAUAAGUGCCUAAUUCCAUUUUGAAGAAGUGCUGGAUUAAGAAGUACAAAAAUUAAUGUUUCAUUUUUGUUUUCUAUAGAUACCACUUAACUUAUUUCUGUUGAGGUCAGGGUUACUGAACAUGUCCUUUUGCAGAUUGAACUAAAGAUGAAAAAAGCUGAGGGAAUAAGAUGGUCAUCUCUUGAAGGGGAAGAUGAAGUGAAAGCUAAGCCAAUUCCUAAACAAGGUCAGUCUUGCUGAUACAAAACCUUCAAACUUGUAAUCAUUGUCACAAGUAAAAUGGCACAAACAGACAGGUAUUUUAAAAAAUGGUCAGCUAUACUGUAAAUUUCUUAUGGUUUUACUGUGAAAAGCUAAAAAGCGUGAAUGCAAGAAAUAUUUUAGCCAUUUUACGGUGAGGAAAAUUAAUAGCAAAUAGAUUGAUCAAUUUGAAGAUUUUUUGGUAGAAUAUCCUGUUCAUGCAAUUUCUGUGGCUGCUGUUUAAAGGUCUUUUUUGUGUUUUAAAUAUAUAGGACCAUAUUUUAAUUUCAGUAAACUGUAAUAAAGAGUUUUGGUGUCUGUUUCCAAACAGUCUGUCUGGUUGCAUAAAGACCCAAGCAUGACACCUUGUUUUUUUGAACUGGGACUCAUUGGUUCUGGACAAGGACUCAUGAUUUUUCACAAGAUGAGUCCCAGGUCUCCCCACAACUAUUUGUAACAAAAUCACUGUCUAUCCGAGAUAUUUUGAUAGGGACAUGACUGUACAUACAUCAGUCCAUCCAGACCAAUGAUUGGGAAAUUAAAAGUCACCGUUUCUAGCUAGUGUGGGAUCCUGGAAUCUGAUAUUGCCCAUCCAUGUUGUGGCCAUUUGACAUCACAAAAACCAUAAACAUCUUUUUUUUUUCACUUCAGAGAGAUCUCAAAGUGACAUUUCCACAGUGCACAAAUACCCAUCAUCAAGACAUGUUGGUAAGGACUGGGAUAAACUUGCAGCACAGAUAGCAAAGGAUGAAAAGGAGGAAAAACUUGAAGGAGAAGCAGCUUUGAAUCAAUUAUUUCAACAAAUUUAUGGUGAUGGAAGUGAAGAGGUUCGUAGAGCCAUGAACAAGUCAUUUGUUGAAUCUGGUGGAACAGUGUUGAGCACUAACUGGGAUGAGGUUAAACGUGGGCAUGUUGACUGUAAACCGCCUGAUGGCAUGGAAUGGAAAAAGUGGGACCACUAAAGGAAGUCAGGACUGUGAAGUGUGAAUGGCUUGUGACCAUGCUUUUCCUAGUUACAGUAUGCAUGCAUUAACUGCAAUCCAAGACUUCAUCAAAAAGGCAGUUAAACAGCAGUGGUGUAGAAUGGUACUACAUUCAUGAUUUUUAACUUUCAAGUAAGCACAAUGUUAAAAAACACAAAUUUCCUAAAUUUCAUUUCAUAAAAUUAAAGUGCUCAGGAACUGUCAUGAUAUUAUUUACAGUACCUAAACCUCUGGGAGAAGCCAUGAAAAGUCAGUUCUGAGGAAUGGUUUUUACCCCCCACUCUACACCACUGGUAAUGAUUGCUUGGAAAGCUCUUAUAACGUUUUACUCAAUUUAACUUUAGCAGACUGUGAAAUGAUGAGCAGAUAGAAGCUGAUGUUUCCUGACUAAUUUGCAGGUUUUGUUGCUUCCCACCUUACUUUACUUGCUAUUUUACUGCAAAAAAAUAAUGCUUAUGCAAAAAUGUGAAUGAAGCUUUAGUUCUGCUAUAAAAGAAGUUUGACUUUUUAAUAGCAGAAUAACUAUUUGUAGAGCCC